AUGGAGAUGCCACAAACAAGCCAGAAACAAACAGCAAAGCCAGAAAAGAAAGAACAGCUUUUACCAAAGAGCAACUCCGAGAACUAG